UUGUGCGAACAGCUGUGUGUAAUAAUGGUGCCGUUUGUGUGCGUGUGUAUGUGUGUGGCAUUCUCUUGUUCCAAGACUGCUUCAAUAUGAUUAGUGAGAUGGGGGCUGGCAAAAGUAUGAAAGAAUGACUCAAGCAGGAAAACUGUCACCUCACGUUGUUUUUUUUUUUUUUUUUUUGCAACUGAACACAGUAGGCUGCAGACUAACUCUGCCUGUGCUCCACCCCCUAAUUCUAAGUAAACUAGAAGAGGAUCAACUUAAGGCUGCUAAAAACAUGACCCAGGUUCCUGAUCGCAGACAAAAGCUGAAAAAACCUUCCAGCAAAGGAAGAAAGAGGUAGAGAAGUAAUUAAGAUCGAGACCUUUAGGACUGCUGUUUCUGUUCAUAUCUGUGGAGCGGUAAAGUAAUGUUGUUCCUUUUGUUGUGCGAGAAGGAUGAGAUUUCUGAUCUCAGAUGGAACAGACACGUACAUUAACAUCACUAAAUCCUAAAUAGACAGGCUGAAUCUUUGGCCAUGGAAGAUGAUACCCAUGUAGCAGUAUUAUUCAUCACAUAGCAAAAAUGGAAACCAGCUGACCUUCCUUACCUGCAAUUCUUUUGUCUCUGCUUGGCAGAACAUCAGGAAACCCUCAGCCUCUCUAGUAUAACAUAUUAUGGAAGACUUGAACUUCUCUGAUGAUAUCAACAAUAUUGCUUUCUGUAAUCCCACACCAUUGCAAGAAAGCCAUGGUCUAUCUGAAGAUGGCAGUCCUUGCCAAUUUCUGGAGUUAACUGAAUUUUCAGGAAUGUCAGAAUGCUGUUUACUGGCAAACAGCAACCCUUUACACAAAAGUCUGGAUUUUCAGGAGACUCAGGAUUCAGAUGUGGGCACUUCAGAAGGCAUGGCUGCAGACACACCUGACUGCAGUUUGGUAAUAAGGGAGAGUGAGUCAUCCUCACCUGAAUGGUGCGUCAACAUACUGCGCGAUUUAAAAUACUGCUUAGCAGACUCAAGUGAAAAUGGCCAUAAUGUGAAACCCCAACUACCUAAACUGGAAGACAGCUGCUUAGAACAGUCAGCAUUGUGUGGUGUAAAAGGUGUCAACACUGAUAAAACCCAGGAUGCAAGUAACGUGUUAUGGGCUAGCUUUCUACAAGCCCAAAUGUGUAUUCAAGACUUAGAAGAGGAAAUAGAGAAGAACGGAAGUUCUUCGGGGACUAGAAACAAUGAUUUUAAAGCUUCUGUACAAAUUCAGAGUUCAUUUUCUACUGAAAGUAUUUUAAACAAUUAUGACAGCCAUUGCAAAACGUUCACUAUAAGCAGUGAAUCCACUGGAUUAAGCAGUACUCUGAAAACAAGCAGAGAUCAGCAGCUAAAGCAGACUUCUGAUUAUGAAACAGAAGGAGUUGCUUUAUGUUUUAAUAAUCCACUCUUUCUGGAUCAUCCUGUUGGUAAGCAGAAAGCCCUUCUUGAGGAGAUUGCGGAGUGUGAUCUGGCUGAAUUUGAGGAAAUGACUCUGAGUGACUCUGAGGAGCAGGAUGUCAACACAGAAAGUGACAGAGAGCUUGAACAUGAAACGUUAGAUACAAUAGAAGAGCUUCCAGAAGAGUCAUCCCCGACUGAUUUAGAAUGGCAUUAUGCCGAACCUCAUUCUUACUCAGACAACGAAGAAGGAGGAUGCAUUGAAAGUGAGCAUACUACUCAGACAUCCAGGGAGUUUGGAGAUGAUGAGGGCAGCCUGCAUUUUUACAACAGACAACAAUCUGGUCCUGAAGAUUUAAACCAUGAUAUUGUGGAUGAAGAGCAAGAAGUGAGAGGCAGUGGUGUCAAUGCCGCAGGACUUAUUUUUUCUGGUUCAGAUGGUGAUGCAGUUUUGGCUAUUUUAGAUGAAGAUGAAGAUGAAGACAGUACCCAGCAACAAAUUUCAGUGGGCAACAGCUUAGAGAAUGUCACAAGAAGCAAUGCCUCAGCAGGGUAUGGGGAACCAGAACUUAUGUCUACUGGAAACUCUUAUUUCAGAACUGUGGUGUGUUUGACAGAAACUACUACUACUACUGGAAUUUCAUUGUCUGGCAGUGAACAAGUCUUUUCCUCUUCAGAAAAAGAUAAUCUAUCAGCAUCCCGUAAAAUGACUAGGCCUGAUGUGGCUGACAUACUGCAUGGUGUGUGGGAGAGAAGUAACUGUGCUGGAGAAUGCAUCCCAGUAACCAGUCCAAUAUCAUCAGAUGGACCAGGGUGUGUAACCACUGUUGAACUACAAGAGGAAACAAUCUCUGUAAGCAAUUCAGUACUAGCAGAUGGGACACUUCCUGCUACCACUAUCAUGCAGCCAGAUGAGGCAAUCUCAAUAAGCAACACCUUGCCACCAGAUGGGCCACCCUGUGAAAAUAGUACAGUAUCACCAGAUGGGACAGUUUCUAUCAGCAAUGUAAUAACACCAGAUGAUGCAAUAACAGCAGAUGAUGCAAUAACACCAGAUGAUGCAAUAACACCAGAUGAUGCAAUAACACCAGAUGAUACAAUACCACCAAAUGAUGCAAUAACACCAGAUGAUGCCAUCUCUGUAACUGAAACAGAAACACCAGAAGUGGCAGACACUGGAAAAUAUCAUAUAUCCCUACCAGGGAGAACUAUUUGUUUAAGGCCACGUGAAAUCAAAAUAGAUACAGACAGCUCUGAUGAUGAUAUCACCAGUCCAAGCCCAUCUAUUCUUGGUGAUGGAGAAGCAGACCGGGAAAAGGCAAAAGAACUGGCUUAUCGACUCGUUCACCUUAUCGGCUUUAAAAAGUCAAAUGUUGCCCCAUAUCUCCAAAAGAACAAUGCCUACAGCAGAAUGGUGGCUGAGGAGUACCUACAUUUCUUUGAAUUUGCAGAACUUACAGUAGACCAAGCUUUAAGGUUGUUCUUGAAGGCAUUUGUGCUGACUGGAGAGACCCAGGAAAGAGAACGGGUACUGCGACAUUUCUCAGAUCGAUAUCACUGGUGUAAUCCUCAGAGUUUUGCUUCAUCAGAUGCUGUGCACACCUUAACCUGCGCUCUCAUGCUUCUCAACACAGACUUGCACGGACAGAAUUUGGGAAAGAGCAUGUCUGCUCAAGAGUUCGUCAACAACUUAGAAGGUCUGAAUGAAGGGAACAACUUCCCAAAAGAUUUGCUGAAGGGACUAUACCAGUCAAUACGCAAUGAGAAACUGGAAUGGGCUAUGGAUGAUGACUUUAAGAGCUCUUCACUGAUGAGUUUAGAUGACAGAUCUGAUAUCAGCACUCCAACAACAUCCAGGAGAAAAUUCAGCCAUUUAAUAGAGAUCCCUCAUGACCAGAAAGGACCUACUUACAAGCAAGGUUUCCUCACACGGAAGAUGCUUGCAGAUAUCGAUGGGAAAAAAACUCCCUGGGGAAAGAGAGCCUGGAAAACCUUCUAUGCAAUGCUGAAAGGCAUGGUACUUUACUUACUCAAGGAUGAAUACAAACCUCAUCGCCAGUUCUCAGAGGAAGCCAUUAGCAUACAUCAUGCUUUAGCAGAAGUAGCCAGUGAAUACAACAAGAAGCCACAUGUCUUUCGUCUGCAGACAGCUGACUGGCGAGUUUUUCUUUUCCAAGCUCCGAAUGCAGAGCAGAUGAACUCAUGGAUUGUACGAAUAAAUCUGGUGGCAGCCAUGUUUUCCUCACCACCCUUCCCAGCAGCAGUCGGCUCCCAGAGGAGGUUUAUACGACCCAUUCUUCCAGCAACACAGUCCAAACAUACAGAGAAAGAACAGUAUUCUUGCCAUGAAUCCUUACUUCAGGCAUUCUCCGAUGAUCUUGAGGACCACCAAAUGAACCUACCAGAUAAGAGAGGAAAGGCCAAAGACUGGGAGGAGUUCAAGAUAAAAGAGGAAUAUCUGGAUUAUGAGAGGAAUCGUUAUGAGAUGUAUGUAAAACUUCUGGCUAUAAAGAUUAAGACAAUGACUGAUGACCUAGAGAAAUGGGAGGCCAUCUACUUUGAUUCAGCAGAAGGAGAUGGAGCUAUACUGCAGAAAUGCCACUCGAGUCCAUCACUGAACCUAGAGGAACAGCAACCUGUUGCUGCCAAAGUGAAACGCAACAUAUCAGAGCGCAGGACUUAUCGAAAAAUCAUUCCUAAGAGACAAAAGCACCUCAUUUAAUGACAGUAACCAUCUAAAGCUAGCUUUUUUUUGGCUGUCAGUACUUCUCUUAAUGUUUCUGAACCAACAGAAACAAACUACUUAGGCUAUGAGGAAAACAUCUUCUCAUCUUUUUACAGACAGUGUCCACUGAUAAAAUAGAAGAUGAGCUGGUAAUAAGAUUAUGUACUAUAUGAUGUAAAUAAUGAUGCUCUCUCAGAUCUGCAGGACAUCUGACAGCUAUGGAGCUCCUUGUAUGGUAGGCAUUACUCAUGAGAAAAACAAAAAGACAGUUUGCAUCAUUUGGCAAAUGUGUAUUAUGGUACAUAGUUCAAAAUAUAAAUGCAGGAGAAUUAUAGAAAUGAAUAUUUUAUAGUAUGAGAUUCAGCUAAUGAGCUACGAGUUCAAAGACCAUUGUUGUAUACCACACAAUUAAAUGAUUGUAAGUGUGUCUGUGUUUGUCUGUAAGAAGGUAGGUGUGCAUGUGGGCUAUGAUGAUUAGCAGAGAAGGCAAUUUGUUUUCCUCCCUUUCAGAAUGCCUAGACCAUAGCAUUGUUUCAUUAAAGCCAUAUAAGCAGUGA